AUAUUGAAGUGGCCCGCACAAUUCUAAACCCUUGUUCUGGGCGCGUUCAAGAGCUUUCUAAUUAAUCUUCACCGUGAUGUGGUAUGAAAUUCUUCCAGCGCUUUCAAUAGUAACCGGAAUAACAUUUGCUAUUCCACCUUUAUUAAGUGUAACUAAUUAUGCGUUUCUUGGUAGAUGGUCUCCACCUAGUUUAUUUCGAUUUAAACAAGACUUCUUUCUACAUUUACGUGAUAAAGAUCUUGAAGGACCACUUUUAUUUCAAGAUUCAGAGUUUAUCCUCAAGGAUUAACGAAAUGUUUAUUAACUGAUAAUGUGCAUCUCUAUGUAGAAUUUAGCAGAAAAUAAAUUUGUUGAUUUACAAUGUUUAUUUUGAAUUGGUUUGGAUUGUCCCAUUGUUGGUGCCUCAGUCGACAAAUCUUAAUUAGGAGAAAUGUGCAUCUUGGACUCUCUGCCACUGACCACAUUUUAUCCGUUCUUUAUCGCUUAUCUUUGUGCAGUGUUUUUUUAGUUUUGCGGAUAUUUAUUCAAGGUUAUUACAAUGCCGGGAAACGAGAAUAAUACUACAAAGUUCCAAUGUUGUAGCUUGAAUCUUUUGGAUAUUAAAGUAUUGAUGAAGACAGCUGUAAAUUAUUGUGGAUAAUAUUCAAUAGGAUUCUUGUUAGGUUUAGAAAUAAGUUAUGCACUGAAUAUGAACCACUAUUUAUUUCUUAUGGUUUAUAUAGUCUACAGUGAUUAUCUCUUUAUUAA